AUGACGGAUCGCUAUGUUUACGCUUCAACCAAUGGACGGUCGUCCACUUUCAACAACCCGGAAAGGGCUUCGAUGCCCUCGAGCAUCGGCUACAGCUCGCUCCACGCUGGCGACAUGCAUGUGAUGCCGGCCUCGACAAGACAACAGCCUAUUACCACCCCGCGAGGCUACACAGUUGCGUCAACAACGACCGCUGCGCCUACAAAUAACCGCACCUAUGCCUACGAGGACCCCAGGGCUCAAGAAGCUGUGGGUUAUGAGACUAUUCGCAACCGCAGAUCAACUAUAGACUCGAACGUCAGACCCCCGGUCAUCAUUACAACUACACAAAAGGAUAGGCCUCAUGGCUCCUCUUCAACGGCCACUAACGUGCCUACUUCAUCUCAUGCGCAGAAUCGUGGCUCGAGUCCUGUUCGCAGCAGCCUCCGCGUGAGCGAGACUCAGUUCAGUUACGCCCAGCCAGCCUCAUCCAUACGCAACCGCAGCGACUCAGUACCCUACCCCAGAAACCCGGGAGACGUCGAUGAUUACUCGCGGCCUAGAGAUCGCUCCGAUAGCCUCGCUAAUCGCGAUGCCGAGGCCUACCGCAAUUCCCGGCCAUCCGUCCUUUAUAGUGCUCCUCAUCACAGCACAUCCACUAUCAACUACGGGGAUGAGUAUCAGUACACCAACGCUGGGGAGCUGGUCAGAUAUGACCUUGAUCAUUCCACCACUCCCGCUCGGUCUCGUAGUAAAAGGGAGAGCUUUGACCGCGGCUACUAUCGACCCAACGUUAGCUACAACGCGGAUCAGCGAAGCUUCAACAUCAAUACCAGUUCCGACCAGAGCCGGAACUAUGGCAUGAAUACCAGCCGCCCAUAUGAGGGACGGGGCGGCCCUCCAAUGACCACCCGUGGUUUUGACAAGAUCGAAAGAAGUUAUGACGCACCCAGAGAGCGUGAUCAUCAUACCCCAGUUGCGGCAUUACCGCCAACUCCCACUCGAGGUGAUGUCCCGGUAGGAACCGAGAGGCGCGGUGGAAGACGUCUUCCCCGACCCGUCUCACUCUACCAGGACGGGACUCCCUCAUCAAGUCACUUUGAGGACUUCCACCGUAGCCGUGAUGAUGAGAGGAUCAUGAGAGAAGCUCGGGAGCGAGAACUUGAGCGACCCCGUGAGAUUGGAUACUUCCACGAUGAUAAUGUGACCUCACGUGGCUUCGGUAUCCGGACCGCUCCAGCAGAUGAUCACCGUGACCAUCGUCGUGAUACGAGGAACAAUGAACCACAGAAGCGAUCCAACGAAGAAGUUCCCUCGCGUGAGCCUGGCGUGAGACGUGAAUCUAGGCAUCGUGACCAUCGCGACGUGAGGAGAGAGGAGCCGCAAAUACGAUCGAAUGAGGAACUAUCUUCCCGAGAGCCCGACUUUGGUCGUGACUCUAGGCGACGGAGCAGAAUCGAGGAUAGAGAAGACCUGCCUCCUCCAGAAUCUGACCUGAGCCGUGAUUCCAGACGGCGAAGCAGGGUCGAGGACAAGGAAGAUCGUCGCGAACAACGCGAAGACAAGAGAGGACGCGAUGACAAGAGAGGUAGCGACGAUGACAAGGAAAGACCAAGGGACAAAUCUCGUUUGCGCGACAAACUGGCUUCGGGGGUGGGCAUUGCGGCAGCCGCCGUGGGCCUCGCCCCCAUCCUCAAGGAUGACAGCAAAAACGAUAAAGAGCCAAGACGGCGCAGAAGCCCUACUGACGAUCGCGAUGUCCAAGGGGAGCCCAGCAACGUCGAGAAGCGGAGUAAGACUGAAAAGGAUCGCUCGCGUGAACAAUCAAAGGACAGAACUCGUGGUCGGGAAAGGCGAGAAUCACCCAAAAACGAUUCAGCACCUAAAGACCGCCCCCCACGGAAUACUGACAUCAAGCCUAAUGGCGAGGUUUCCAACUCCUUGUCGGACUCGGGAGAUGCCAAGAAGGACACGCGCCGCCAUCGCACGUCUGCUGCGUUCAAUCCCAAUGACGCGGGUGAAAUCCACAAGCUUAGAGAGCAGCUGGCUGCUAUGAAAACCUCAGAUAGCUCUGAGAAGUCAGAGAAGCCCGAAAAGGCAAAGAGCAGUGACAAAGGCAAAGAAGUAGAAAGGGAGCCUGCUAUUGUGACCGAGUCAAAGAGCAAACCAUCUCGCUCGCGCUCACGUUCUCGCUCUAUGUCUGAAGCCAGAGAUGCUAAGCUCAAAGAGCUUAUUGAGGAGGACUCCCGAGGUCGCGCCUCUGGCAUGUCCGCCAUCAACGCGUUAGCCGAGCAGGGCAAAUCGGUUCGUGUUGUCUCCCCUCCACGGGAAAAGCCUGAGGAGAAACCUCUUAAGGGCAUCCUCAAGCAACCCAGCGCGCGUUUCCCUGAGCAAACAAACUUCAUUCGUGAAGGGGCUGCACCACAUAAAGAAGACAAGAAACUUAAGGACGCCCCUGCUGGCGCCCGGUGGACAAAGAUCAGCCGAAAGAUUGUCAACCCAGAGGCGUUGACAGUUGGCAAAGAAAGGUUCGAGGUACGAGACGACUUUGUGAUUGUCCUCCGCGUAUUGAACAAGGAGGAGAUUCAGGCAUAUGCCUCGGCUACGCAAGUUCUAAGGGACAGACGACGCAACGCGCGUGAACGGGACCGGGAGGGAAACGACGAUGACAGCAGCGAUGAUACCCGUCGUGGCAACCGGUCGCACCGGCGUGGAGAUGAUGAGAGCAGCGAUGAGACAGAAGACCGCGACCGCGAAAGGCGCAGGCGUCACCAUCGCCGCCGGGAAGAUUGA